AUGCAGGCUGUUAUUCUAGCACAUCAGGACUCAGUACACCUACGUCAGUUACUUGCUAGCGGUCUCUCCAGUCAGCUACCGCUAUCAAAGCACACUGUUCUAUCGAACCUACUAAAUGUGUUCCGUUCAGCUGGCAUCCUCGACGUCAUAAUCCUUUGUCGACCGAAUCAAGCGGCACAACUAGAAAAAGGUCUCCACGACUCAAAGACACACUCCUCGGCGCGCUUGGCCUUCAUUGAGGUUCCGGCAACUCUCAGUCUCCCGGAAUGCAUAUAUCGUAUUCGCGAUCGCAUAACCUCACAAUAUCUCUUUGUGGCCUACGGUGAUCUGGCCGUCACCGACUUGAACGUGCGUCGACUCUUUCUCACUAUGGUGCGUACACGGGCGUCUGUCGUGUCUGUCGUGUCACCCUUCACCAAAGACCCCAAACUCAUAAAGUCCACGCCUCACGACUUACUCGUAAUGGACCAGGUGUCACAACAGCUUGUUAUGUAUGUACCCGACGCGGAUAUGAAGAAACAAGUUCGCUUUCCAAAGCAGGUUUUGGCCUCACACAAUCAUUUGGUCACAUGUUCGGAUUACCAUGACGUGGGGUUCUAUCUGUUUAACAGUUUUGCGCUCAAGCUACUUGAAUGGAUCAGGGAUGACAGUGGUGCAAAGAAGAACUUUCUGAAGCAUUUGGUUAAUGUGGAACAGUACCGCCCCUGUCCGUUUGACACAAACCAACUCUGUGGGGAUUUUCCGCCAGAGUUGAGGCUAGACGAAUCAGAAAUUCCAAAAUCCUUGAAGGUGAGCACUAUUGUACACCAGGACAAGGCUGUUUGUCGGAGGUUGGAUUCACCAACCAGCUACUUGGAAGCAGUGAAGUUGGUAAGUAUAUAUGCAUAUUUAUUUAUAUGGCACUCUCAAUUUCCACAAAUUUCUCAGCUGCCGCUUUCGUAUUUUUUAAUGUUUUCUGAAUUUGUUUCUUUUCGUAAAACUUGGUCCGUACCAAAAUGA